UACUUGCUGAUAGCAGCAUCAUAUGCAAGCCAUGCCAUUGCUUUUUUGUACUUCCCAGUUUUUCCUCCUUCCAACAGGUAUGCUACUCUGAUACGUGGUGAUAUGGCUGAAGGCAAUAGCACCGUGGUGACCCAGUUUAUCCUCCUAGGACUGACAAGUGAGCCUGAGCUGCAGACUCCUCUCUUCAUAGUCUUCUCAGUGAUUUAUCUCAUCACCCUGAUGGGCAAUCUUGGGCUCAUCACACUGAUCAUGACAACCCCCCAGCUGCACACUCCCAUGUACUUCUUCCUCUGCAAUUUGUCUGUUGUUGAUCUUUGCUACUCCUCUGUCUUUUGUCCCAGGCUGCUUAUUGUCUUCCUGGUUGAAAAUAAAACCAUUUCUUACUCUGCCUGCUUCACCCAGCAUUUCUUUUUUCUUGUGUUCGUGACCACAGAGGUUUUCUUGCUGGCUGUGAUGGCAUACGACCGCUACGUAGCUAUUUGCAACCCCCUGCUCUAUGCUGUUUCCAUGCCCAAGAGAGUCUGCAUGCAGCUGGUGGCUGGGUCGUACCUGGGGGGGAUUUUGAACUCCCUAACCCAAACGUGUUGCUUGCUGCCCUUGCCGUUCUGUGGGCCUAAUGUCAUCAACCAUUACUUCUGUGACACCAACCCUCUGCUGAAACUCACCUGCGCUGACAACCACCUCAAUGAGCUUUUGCUCGUAACCUUCAAUGGGACCAUUUCCAUGUCCGUGCUCUUCGUCAUCAUUAUCUCAUAUGCAUACAUCCUCGUCUCCAUCCUGAGGAUCAGGUCUACCAGAGGCAGGCACAAAGCCUUCUCCACCUGCGCCUCCCACCUGCUGACCGUCGCCUUGUUCUACGUGCCCGCCGGACUCAGCCACAUGCAGCCGGGCUCCAAGUACUCACUGCAAAUGGAGAAAGUCACUGCAGUCUUCUACACCAUGGUCGUCCCUAUGCUGAACCCUGUGAUCUACAGCUUGAGGAACAAGGAGGUCAAGGAUGUGCUCAGAAGAGCCACAGCAAAAAUCAUUUUUGCAAGCUGCCCACUGACCAAGUUGACCCCAAUCAGCUGA